AUAGAUGCUAUAAUAGUAAAUGGCUGUUGCUUUUGUUCAUAUGAACGCCGAGGUGAAGAAAUUUAUUUUGCCUUUUCUGCCAGAAAUAUAAGUGCCAGAGUUUGAGAAAUGUCGAGAAAAGUUUUAGCAUUUUCUUCAUCGUCGGAAGAAGAUGGAGGAUCAGAGGAAUCAGGGCUAUCAGAGGUGGAAAUUCCCGAGACAGACGCAGAUGAAUCAAUCAUAGUUCGUCAUCCUGGAAAGAAAAAUUUUCGGAUUGAAUCGUCUGGUGAUGAGGAUGACGAGCCACUUUUGUUAUCCCCAAAGACGCGUAGAUCUAUUGGGAUUCGCGCUCCAGUGGAGUCCAUCGAUGAUUCAGAGUCAGAAGGGCUACUCUCUGAGAACGAUUAUGAGGAUAAACACCGUUCCGAGGACGAUGAUGAGGAUAAGCAGCUCUCCGAGGAUGAUGAUGAGGAUGAACAGCUCUCCGAGGACGAUGAUGAGGAUAAGCAGCUCUCCGAGGAUGAUGAUGAGGAUAAGCAGCUCUCCGAGGCCGACGAUGAGGAUGAACAGCAGAACCACAGGAUCCAGGAACCAAUGCUAAAUGUUUCAACAGAAUCACAAAAAGCUUCUUCGAUAAUGAUGGAUAAAUUCAAGAUCAGGCGUUCUGAUUAUUCUGCACGCGAGGGGGAAUCUGAUGAGGAGAUUCUGAUCGAGGAGGAAGAUGAAAGUGAUGUGUUGGAGACGCAAGAAUCUUCUCAAUAUGAACAUGCGAAUUCAGUCACUAUGGCUGCAGAGUGUCCUGAUGAUUCUAAUGAGACUCGGGAGAAAUCUUUUGAAAGCAGUAUUCAGAAGAAACUCAGUUCCACUCGAUACACGAAAAUGCGUGAUACAGAUAAGCUCAAUCAGGUUGAGAAAAUGCUAGAUCAGCUGGACAUUUCUGAGAUAAAGGAGGAGGAGAAAGAUCAUUCGCAAGACGAUGUGAUUUUGUUGGAUUCUGAUGAUUCUCUAACAGAGCAAAAUAAGAUUUCCGUAUCGCAAGCUGUUUAUGAUUUGGAGAAAAACAAGCUGGAGCAGUUGCUGUCAGAGCAGCAGAGCAAGAACACGCUGUUAAGUAAAAUGGGAUCAAGUUUGCCGGAUAAGGGAGCAAAGCUGUCCGCUCAAUCAGCAGCCUUGCAGACGGAAAUUGAUUAUCAAAUCAAGCACAUUGAGAAACUGCAGAUCACGGAGACUGAAGUCCAAAAUGGUGUAUCGGCGAAUUUGGGUGAGGAGGAAGGAGCUGUUGGUGAACUUCCAGGGAGAACUGAACGAGCAGAGAAAAUGUUCCAUAAGCGAGAGAUAGUCACAAUUGAGACAAUUUCUGAAAUUCAUAAGUCUUUGAAGCAGCGCCCGCCGGAGGAUUUGCUAAUGGAACAACCAGAUCAACUGAAAAUCACUCUGAUGGAACACCAACGGUAUGCUCUAUCUUUCAUGACUUGGAGAGAGCAGAAUAAACCGAAAGGUGGGAUUCUGGCUGAUGACAUGGGCACAGGAAAAACGUUGACUAUAAUAAGUCUUAUGUUGUUGUGCAACAGAACUGAAGAAGAUGAGACAACGUGGAAGAAGAAAGAUGCGCGGAACAUGUAUCAUGGAGGUACUCUCGUCGUAUGCCCGGCUAGUUUGAUGGAUCAAUGGUGCAAUGAGGUAAAGACCAAAUGCAAGCGAGGUGCUCUUGUAGGGUAUCUGCAUCAUGGACCUAAUCGAGAAUACAAAGCACGUCGUCUGGCCAAAUAUGAUCUAGUGGUGACAACGUAUCAAACGCUAACUUCGGAUUUUAAAAAUCAAGGAGGUUUGUUUGGAGUGAGAUGGCACCGAGUAGUCCUUGAUGAGGGUCACACCAUGAGAAAUCAUAAAACGGCGAUGGCAAAGGCUUGCUUUGAGGUCGAAGCAGAGAACAGAUGGGUGCUGACAGGAACUCCCAUUCAAAAUCGUCUGAAGGAUUUCUAUGCAUUGAUAAAAUUUCUGAAAUGCUCACCCUUUGACGAUAUUAAUUAUUGGAACUCAUGUAUUGGCAAUAAGGAGAUGACAAAAAGUGGAUAUGCCAGAGUUCACACACUCGUGAAUUUACUCUUGCUUCGCCGCACAAAGCAACAGCUUCAAGAAAGAGGAAUACUUGAGAAGUUGCCAACCAAGAUGGUAAAAACAGUAGAGGUGCAACUGACUCCUGAUGAGAGAUCGCUCUAUGCCAAGUUACUGCUCUAUUCACAAGCCCUCUUUUCACAAUACAUGACCCAGCGAAAGAAUGAUUUUCCAAUUAUCAAUGCCAAACAGAAUGUUGACAAGGUAUUUCACUCCAUCAAGUCAUCACUCGUAGGCAAAGAUGUCAGCACGAUGGAGAUCUUCAAGCUUAUUCUGCGCCUGAGGCAAAUUUGUUGCCACCCUGGAUUGAUUCUAAAGAAUCAGGAGGAGGAUUUUGAAUUUGAUGAGUCGACAGAAGAUAGCGGCAGAGCAGUGAAUUUGGUGGAAUUGGUGGACAAGCUGAAUAUGAAUGAUAGUGAAGGCAGUAUUGGUGCUCCCGUAAAAGCACGUUACGAUAGAAAGAUCUUUGAUCUGGACAACCCCAGUUCGAAGGUGUCCGCAGUCAUUGAGGAAAUUGAGCGAAUUUACGAAAUCGGAGAAAAAAUGAUUAUCGUCUCACAGUGGACGUCGGUGUUGGACAUCAUUGCUGAUCAUCUGAAAAGGAGAAAUCUCUCAUAUCUUGUCCUAACAGGGACAACUAAGAUCUCGGAUCGUGGAGAGAUUGUGGCUAACGUCAAUGAUCCAUCACACGAUGUGCAGAUCCUUCUGCUCUCCCUAGGGACGGGUGGUGUUGGUCUCAACUUGGUAGGAGCGAACAACUUGCUCCUUAUUGAUCCUCACUGGAAUCCACAACUGGAGAUGCAGGCGCAGGAUCGAAUUUACCGCAUUGGCCAAAUCCGAGACGUAUCAAUUGUGAAGUUUAUCACUUCUGAUAGUAUGGAGGAGCGUGUUCAGCAGCUGCAGCAGAUAAAGCUUGAAUUGGCCGACAAAGUGCUUACUGGGGCCAGAAAAAUGGGGUCUGGAUUAACAAUCCAAGAUUUAAGAACACUGUUUGACAUGUAGUGCGCAUUCUCACUGCCAAUAUGUGAUAAAACUAGAGAAAUCAGAAUGUGAGAACAGAAAAGAGAAUGGUCUAUCAAGAUGUGAAGGAGGAAAUGAACUGAUUAUACAUAUGAAUUCCAUAAAUGAUACAAACUUUUUUUUAAUAAAGCAAAAUUU